CAGAGAACUUGUUACGAGAAUUCUUUAUAUAAAUUUUGAGUCAAAAUCAAUAAAAUUUAAAUGCUCGAUCAGCAAAAAGUAAAAAAAAACCUUAAUUUUUUUUCUCAUUUUGUUUUUCAUUGUGCACGUUUUUUUUUAAUAAAUCAGAAUUUAGUUUACUGCCCGCUGGAACCAACAUGUUGAGACUAACAGCGUAAAGAUCGAGUGGAAGAGGGGAAUGAGGUGUUGCGUCCCGGCACAAGAGUGGCUGGUGACCAAUCUCGAGGGGGAUUCGCUGCGUGAGACGGAGUUAUGAUGUUGAAGGGAUCGAGUCGUUGGUUGCGUUACCGCUUGGUUGUGCCCGUCAUCCUCGUCAUGGCCCUGCUUCUCCCCUUCGUCUUCAUCAGGGCCGCCUCCAUUUGUUGCUUAGGGUGGAGGAUUGGGCCUCGGUUGUUACUUGAUUCAUCUCAGGAUUUCAUGAAGGAACUAAGGAGAGUAUACUUGGAGGGGACGGACGAAGGGGGACAUAAUUUAGAUCAAAGGUUGGUGAAUGCUGCACCGGAUUCGUUGGAUGAUCUGAUAUCAGAAAUGAGUUCUCCCUCUUUCUAUCAACACCUUGACCUCAGAACAUUCUUGUUGAAGACCAAGGCCAUGCUACUGAAGAUGGAUCAAGAAAUCCAGUCUGCUAGGCUUGAAGCAUGCAUUGCCUCAGCUUGAGGUUGGCAGAGCAGUACCUAGUGAAUGCUGCCGCUUGAUCUUUUCUCCCACCACCUGAACAUGCCUCGCGCUUGACAAAUAACUCUUACCUUCAUGUUGCCCUUGUUACUGACAACAUACUUGCUGCUGCUGUCGUGGUGUCAUCCAUGCUGAUAAGUUGUGAUGAUGCCGAGAAUAUAGUGUUCCACAUUAUCACUGAUAAGAAAACCUACACCUUGAUGCAUACCUGGUUUGCUCUCCACUCUGUCUUUCCUGCCAUUUUGGAGGUAAGGGGACUUCACCAAUUCAACUCCCCUCCUGAUGAGGAUGUGGUGAUCAUGGACACAGUAGAGGAGCUUCAUCAGAGCUCAUACACUUAUCGCUACUACAGGGGAGUAGCUGAAGAAUACAGAAGACUUUCAGCUUUAAAACCAAGCACGUUUUCACUCGUGAAUUAUCUGAGGAUACAUCUUCCAGAGCUGUUUCCAAAGUUGGAAAGGGUAAUCUUUCUGGAUGACGAUGUGGUGGUGCAGAGAGACUUGACAUCACUGUGGCAUUUAGAUCUCCAUGGACUUGUCAUGGGUGCUGUUAGUUCACAAGAGUGCAAUCAUGGCCUUUGUAUUGGGAAGACAUUCAAUGACUACAUGAAUGUCUCAAAUCCAUUGAUAUCGUCAUCAUCAUUGGACUUGCAGAGAACUCAGUGUGCAUGGUUGGAGGGCAUGAACAUUUUCGAUCUGCGAGCAUGGAGAAAGAACAACAUCACCAGGACCUACCAGCGCUGGCUUAAGUUGGCAUGUUCUUCCAGAUCAACAAUUCAGUGUUCUUUGCAUUCACAAGGUGCUAAGCUGUAAACAAUAUUAACCGAAAGCUUAAAUUUUGUAUGCAGAAUCGUGAGUCUGGAUUCACUUUGUGGCCCAUGGGAUCGCUGCCGCCAGCAUUACUAGCAUUCCGUGGACAAGUUCUGCCAAUUGAUCUUUCGUGGCUUUUGUCAGGAUUAGGUUGGCAAAUGCCCGAUCAUUAACUGCUGGAAUCUGCUGCAGUCAUUCACUUCAGCAGACCAGGGAAGCCAUGGCUUGAGACCGGGCAUCCAGAACUACGAAAAAUUUGGCAAAGCCACUUAAAUCAAUCUUAUGAGUUGAUAAACAGCUGUAUGGUUGUGGAGUGAUGACAUGUUGAGAGGCUGGUGAAGGUCUUGCCCUCCUCUCCGGCAAUCAGAGGCAAAAUGUUUGAGUAGAGAGAAGUUGGUGUCGCCUUCAGUCUCUGCUCCAGCUAUCUCUGGUUGUUACUUUCUUCUUAGAAUUGAGCAACUUUGUG